AUGCAGUUGUCAAUACUGCUGUUGGUGCAAGCCGCAUCAACGUUGGCCGUCUCAGUGUAUCGUGGGAAGCACCACUCUCCACGACCCUGCUUCAUAACUCAUCCUCAUUAUCCAACGGUCCCCAAUCAGCCAUCACCUCCUCGAACGAGAGACUGCUACGUCCAAUCCCACAAUGACUCCGUCACCAACGACUCACCAUACAACCUCUCAGCUCUACAUGCCUGCAACAAUGGCGGGCACGUGAUCUUUGACGCAUCCACGAAGUACACCAUUGGCACCGCCCUGGACAUGACCUUCCUCCGAUCUAUCGACAUCGACAUCCAAGGAUACAUCCAGUUCACAAAUGACACGGACUACUGGCAAGCCCACUCGUUCAAGCAGGUCUUUCAGAACGCGACCACAUUCUUCAAACUCGGCGGCGAGGACGUCAACGUCUACAGAGGGGGCACUCUCGACGGCAACGGCCAGGUGUGGUACGACCUGUACGCCCAGGACAUCUACACUCUCCGACCCAUCCUCUUUGGCACCGUGGGCCUCCACUCCGGCACCAUCUCGAACCUCAAUCUCAUCUACUCGCCGCAAUACUACAACUGGGUGGCCAACCCGAGCAACGUGAUUUUCUCCCACAUUUCCAUCACAGGCUUCUCCACGUCCAACAACACGGCCAAGAAACACCGACAGCUGGGACACGUACCGGAGCGACGGGAUCACGACCCAGAACUCGGUCGUCAACCAACGGCGACGACUGCGUCAGCUUUCAAGCCCAACAAGCACUAA